AUGUUGGCCGCAAAACGAACAACGUCGAGCGCGUCACUGGGGGGACGCGGGGGGGCAGUCGAUAAGCAGCCGCAUUCAAAAUUGAAGCAUUUAGAUGGGGAAUCCGGAGGCGAAGACGGGAAACAUGGAGGAAAACCUCAGUUGGCGGAUACAGAGGAGCGUUCUUCACAGGCGAAAUGCCGAAAAUGCCCAGCAAAUGUGAGUACUGCAGUUGCAGAGGUAGGCUGCUCCACAAAGGACGGCACUUCAAAGCAAAGAACUGCACAGCGGCGUAAGAAAAACGAGCCAGGUGAUGGCAAGCAGUUCAUUGUGCUUGACGCUACAAGCAAGGAUGCCGCAGCAGAUGAAGCGUUGGUAGAAAAACAAAAGACUAAAGACAGAAAACGCAGCUCCAAUAAGAGGAAAGACCCAGAAGGCAGACCAAUUGCACACACGCCAGAGGAGGAUGCCUCGGAAACCUCCAUCGGCCGCCUACACUCUCUGAAGCGCCGAAAUGGCCCUUUAACUGAGCAUCUCUGGACUAGAUUGGAGCUGGAGGACGACUCCUUACCUGCUGCAUGCACCUGUGAAACGAAACUGCCACAAGCAGCCAAGCCAACUGGCCCAACGCCAAAAUGUGGCAAGAAACUAACCGAAAAGCAGCGAAUUCAGAGUGCAUGUAUCUCUGCAAUUGGACCUGGUGUGCAGUACGUCACACCAAUUUCGCAAAGUUGCGACCCUGAGUGCUGCAGCGACGAACAGCUCGCAGAUGAAGCAACGCUAUUUGGCAUCGAAUGCAGAGUUCUUCCCGAGCCUACCUGCUUUGGAGAGGAGCCAUGUCUCCCAUGA